AUGACUUGGGUCCACGAACGGCCCGAGAAGUGCGAUUUGCCUGUGUACCAGGUCUUCUUCCGCUCGCUGUUGCCACCAUGCGUGAUCCUGAGCGACUCCCACGAUACCCAGGUCCCUUGCAUGCGACGUAAGGGUUUCGGUCACGGGAAAACCAUGGAAGACCUCUUUAUGGACCCGAAACCGAGUCAUAGAGUCAGGCUGAGCAUCAAAGAUGGGUGUAAAACGCAACGCCAGUUGCUCCAGGACUAA